AUGUGGGCUCCAGUUGAUAGUACACAAGCUGAAACAGCUUCGCUGAAUUCGUGGAGCAUUGAACAACAGCAGAAUCGUUGGGGUGGUGUUAGUGAUUACAGUAAUAAUGCAGCAUUCGAUGAGCAUAUGCGAUCAAUUGUACCACCGGCUUUUCGUAAUAGUAAUGCGAAAGUUGUCUGGCAAGAGCCAAAAUCAUUAGAAGCAAACAUCAAUGAAGCAUUGGGUAUCUGGCAAGCAACGCCUCUCAACCAGUUUUCCUUAGAACAGGAACCAUUAAGUGGAACUAGCCAUUUUCCUCCAUCUUUUGCUAGUUGUGGCACAACAAGUGGAUGGUCGCAACCUGAAAUUGAACAACGAAAUUGGGAUAUGUCUACGCAGUCACAAACAGUACGAGCAGCAGUACCAUUUUGUGGUGGUUUGACUCAGAAUAAAUUAUGGCCGAAUGAAGAGCAAGUUUGGGGUGGUGCUCAGCGUCCUCCAGUAUUUCCAACAGCUCCGCCACCACCUGCUUAUGCUGCAAGCUGGCAGCAAAAUGCACCACGUGGUAACGUUUUUCCUCUGCCCACACGAUUCAGUGGUCCACCAUUCGAAAGUAACGCUGUGAUGGGAAAUUGGGUGCAGCGUCCGAUGAAUGAGCCAGUACAGCCGCCAGUGCCACCGUCUGCAAUUCCACCACCGCAACGAAGUCGGCUGCAAAAUGUUUGGGGUGGCACACCAGCUGUAAACAAUACAGUCAAUGGAAUGUAUCUCCCGCCACCUACUGUCGAGUACACUAUGCCAAAUGGGUUGACACAAUGGAAUCCUUCAGCAGGUAGCAAUGGUGCAACAGUAACGGCAGUGCCUGUUGUACCAAAACCACAAUUUGCACAAAACUUUGUGAAUCGUUCACCUCCUCCCAAUACUUUCAAUUCGUAUUCACAAGUCUCCAAAUCUGAUUCGUUCAUGGGAGAGAAUGCUGUCUGGCAGGAUCCAGAAGGUGAAGUACGUAAAUGGCAACGAGAUACUGGUACUGCUGCAUGGGGUGAUCCUGAGAAGCAACAAAAAGAAAUCAAACGAUGGAUUAUACCAGUCGGAAAAGAAUACGACAACUCAGAUAACGAAAGCGGCGUUCGUGUAAUCGUUCCUCUUGGUUGGGGCGAUCUUCCUUCAAAAUCAUCGAAUAAUAAUGCUGCACCGAUCUCGGCGAAUUCUCUUCCAGCGUGGCCAGCUAGAAGCGCGCAAGCAAUUGCUGUCACGGCUUCAUCAGGAUGGGGUAAUCGUUCGGCUUCAGGAACUGCGAAAUCAACAACUAUUCCAACUCUUUGGGAAAUUCUAUCUGAACAUCAACCUCCAUCACUGGAGAGUGGUUGGAUACCGCCAGAUGGUAUGGGUAAUGCAACUAUGCCUGCUUCAACGCAACAAAUUGUUGAACAGCUACGUCAGGCUGUUGCGAAAGGACUGAUUGAUGUUUCACUUCUCAGUAAGCCACUUCCGAAUGAGGCGCUCUCAGAGAUGCGCACGCUUCUCAGUCGCAUUCCGGUACUGGAACAGGCAGAAAAUGACUUAGCUCGUCUUAUGAACGCCGUUAAAAUUAAUAACGACCCUGAAGGUGGAAAUGGGAGGAUGGAUACGCCGACAGAUCUCAUGACAUCCGAGCAGCGAUCAGAAUACAGUCGACUAGUAAUUGAAAUUGCUGCAACUAAAACGGAAAUUUCAACAAUUCGUGAACGCAUACGUGGAAACUCCGAUGCUAUCGGUGUAAGGCCAGCAACGAAUUUAGCUGAAAGUCAGCGAAUGCAUCCACCGCAGCCGCAACCAGCUGCAACAACGACAACUUCUCCUCGUUUUGGUGAUAGUAUUCUGGAUGUUGCUGUACGUGUUGAGCAACAGAAACUGUUUUCAAUGUAA